AUGAUGAGGCAAAGCCUUGUGCCUGUUGGACAGCCUCUUGCUAUCAGAUGCUCACUGGAAGAGAGCUGGAAAAGUGGAGACCAUGACUUAGCGUGGUAUAAAGUUGGUAACCAGACAGCUGUGCCUAGAGACAAACUUUCCAGAGUUCAUCAGCAGAAGAACUUUAUUUGGUUUCUCCCUGCAAUGUUAGAAGAUUCUGGAGAUUAUGAAUGUGUCAUAAGUUUAAUUUAAUUAUGUUAUAUUAAUUGCAGGAAUCUGACAAGCUUGAGGAAAAUGUCUACAAAAGUAACAGUUUUUGAGAGGAUUGAUGGUUUGUGCUUAAAUGAAAAAUUUGCUGUAGAGGAGGUGGUAUUCACAUUAUCAUCUGCAAAGGUGGUGUGUCCACACUUGGAGUAUUUCAGGGAUGAGGAGAAUAUUCAGCCUGUUCGUUGGUACAAGGACUGCCAGCUGCUGGAAGGGAAGAGGUUUAUCUUCUCAAACAGUGAUCUUAUCAUUGCCAAUGUGAGUGCACACGAUGGAGGGAACUACACGUGUGAAACGACGUACAGCUACAAUGGGAAGCAGUACAACAUUUCACGGGACGUCCGUCUCACUGUCGAAGUGAGCCCACCAAAAAAGCCCCCUGAAAUAUCUUAUCCAAGAAACAACUCAAUUGAAGUGGAACUUGGCUCACAGGUUACAGUGGAUUGCAAUACAACAGGUGCUGAUGGGUACGAGGUGUUCUGGACAGGCAACGGUGUGUAUAUUGAUGUGUUUUAUGUGAGCAGGAUUUUUGCAAGUCUUUAUGAGGAGGGAAGUUCUUACGACGGGCGCCCUGUGUAUUCUGUGAAGCUCAUCAUUUCAGAAGUGAAUAGUGAAGAUUAUGAGCAACCCUUUGUCUGUCAAGCUUCAAAUGCCUUUGGGCAGGUUGCAUCCUACAUUAUAUUAAAACACAGAGAGCCUGAUACACAAAGACAGCUGGCUGGAGGUCUUGUCUCUUUGUUAAUUUUACUAUUUAUUGCUUUAAUAACCUACAAAUUUUUCAAGAUUGACUUGGUGCUUUGGUACCGUCGUUCAGUCUGUGCCUUUGCCAGUGAGGAAGAUGGGAAGGUUUAUGACGCGUGUGUCCUGUACCCAGCAGGCAGUGGAGGAGGAAGCUCCUGUCACCUGGAGGCCUUUGUUCAUAGAAUACUCCCUGAUGUUUUAGAACAACAAUGUGGAUAUAACCUCUUCAUAUUAGGAAGGGAUGAUUUACCAGGAGAAGCUGUGGUCAGCGUUGCUGAUGAAACCCUUAAGCAAAGCAGAAGACUGAUGAUUAUUUUGGGAUCAGAAACAUCUAGUUGUUGCCUGCUAGAAGACACCUCUGAACAACAACUAGCUAUGUAUAAUGCUCUCAUCCGUGAUGGGAUUCAAGUGAUUCUUAUAGAAAUGGAUGAAGUACAGGACUACACAAGCAUGCCAGAAUCCAUCAGAUACAUUAAACAAAAACAUGGAGCUAUCCAAUGGAAAGGGGACUUCUCAGAGAAAUCUUGUUCAGCAAAUACAAGAUUCUGGAAAAAAGUGCGCUACCAAAUGCCAUCUAGGAAGAAGGUAUCUUAUUCUGAAGUGUAUUUGUUGCCCCUAACUGUGGAAAAUUCUGCAGCAAGGGGAAGUUAA